GUUUCAGACUGUUGCAGUCCUUUACAUUUAUUUCGUGCUUUUCAUGUGUAUACAAGGUGUUAAUUAAUAAUUCUACAGUUUAUAAUUUCAUUAUUUAAUAAGGUUAUACAGAAUCAAAACAAAAUAUUUUGACCAAUAGAAGAGCAAGAGUGGAUGACAGCAGAACGUGAGCUUAUCGCUGAUUGGCUAUAAUUUGGAGCGCUGUGGCGCCUCUCCGACCUUAUAAAUAACAGCGCGAACUCGUAGCAGACCUCUUUUCCACAGUAUUAUUUCGAGGGGAUUUUGUUGGGUUAUUUUUGUGAGCUAACUCCAAAUUCAGAAUGCCGGAGACUGCGAAAAUGAAUGGAUACGCAAAAACUAACGGGCACAGUUAUGAUAUGGAAGAUGGAUCAGUGUUUUUAUUUACAUCAGAAUCUGUCGGCGAGGGACAUCCAGACAAAAUGUGCGAUCAAAUAAGCGAUGCAGUUCUUGAUGCGCAUUUAAAACAAGAUCCUGAUGCAAAAGUAGCAUGUGAAACCGUCACUAAAACUGGUAUGAUUCUGCUGUGCGGAGAAAUAACAUCAAAAGCAAAUGUUGACUAUCAAAAAGUUGUGAGAGAAACUGUGAAGCAUAUUGGAUAUGAUGAUUCUUCCAAAGGCUUUGACUACAAGACUUGCAGCGUGAUGUUAGCGCUGGACCAACAGUCACCCGACAUUGCAGCGGGGGUGCAUGAGAACAGGAGUGAGGAGGAUGUUGGGGCGGGUGACCAGGGAUUAAUGUUUGGAUAUGCUACGGAUGAGACAGAAGAGUGCAUGCCUCUCACAGUGGUGCUCGCCCACAAAUUAAACCAGAAGAUUGCAGAGCUCAGGCGAAACGGAGAAUUCUGGUGGGCACGUCCUGACUCCAAAUCACAGGUGACUUGCGAGUACAUCUUCACUGGGGGCGCCACUGUGCCCCAGAGGGUCCACACAGUUGUUGUUUCACUGCAACAUUCCGGAAAGAUAACUUUGGAGCAACUUCGCGAGGAGAUCAGGGAGAAGGUCAUCAAGGAAGUGAUCCCGGACCAGUACUUUGACGACAGGACUAUUGUGCACAUCAAUCCUUCAGGACUAUUCAUCAUUGGUGGACCUCAGGGCGUGGCGGAGCCGCUGUCCAUCACGGUGUUCGACUACGGCACCUCGCACAAGACGCAGCAGCAGCUGCUCGCCAUCGUGCAGAAGAACUUCGAUCUGCGCCCCGGGAAGAUCGUCAAGGAGCUGAACCUGAAGGCGCCGAUCUACCAGAAGACGAGUACGUACGGGCACUUCGGGCGGGAGGGCUUCCCCUGGGAGACGCCCAAGCCGCUCGUCGUAGAUUGACUUGCACCAACAUCUAGCACCUUGUAAAUAUUCCACCAGUAUCUUUAAACACUUCAUCUACGUGUGUUGUAGCGAGAGCACGGAGAUAAUAUCGCUGUCUCUCUAUAGGCUAUUGUUAAUGCGACGAAAUCUCGCGAAUGAAACUGCCAUUGCGUGGGAGUGGUCAAUGCACGGACCUCUUGCGUUCCUGUUGCUACCGUAUUAUUUAUAUUUACAAUUCAUAAGUAUCCAGUUUUAUUACGGUUUCAAUAUGUAAUAUGUAACUGUUUUAUAUGGUAACACUUUUGUUUUAUACUUGUGAAAUAUUUUUUUUUAAUUGUUCAUUUCGUUAAUUUUGAAUUUUAACAACCAAUGAAAUAAUUGUAAUAUGUUUUAAUUAUCUAAUUAUUGUGAUUUCUGUAUUUAGAUUUUGUUGUCAUAUUUUUUUGUAAAAGAAAUAAUGUUUUGACAUGAAAGUAUUGUAUGAAAAAGUAAGGCUACGGAAUGUGCGGCGGUCCGUGCGGAGGUUGCAUUUGCGCGAUUCAGUGUAUGUAAUAGUUAAGUAUUGGUUAGUUUAGUUGCGUAGGCGUAACGGAGCCGUCAUUUGUGAGUUUGAGUUAGUUCCGCUCUCAGCGGCAGUUCUAUCAUUUGAGGCGCCGUGUCGCCUCUGUGGCCAUUUAUAUAUCAAAUCAUGCCUCUAUGUCAUCUGUAUAUGAUGUCGACCGAAUGUAUAGGCCCUUACGACCAGCCGUUACAUGAUUUUUUAUAUUCGUGGCAUAGCAGAUAUAAAGGAAUGUCACAAAAUAUACUCAACAUUGAGUUUUGUGUCAUCCGAGCUGUAUCAUAAAAUUUGUCAUCUAUGAAUUUGUCAGAUAGUGCUGUCCUGCUCGUGACAGGGUUCAUACAUGUUCCUUGACCAAAAGACAUCAUGAAAUGUUAGAAUAAUAAGUAUUAUGUCUCCUAAUUUACCUGCAUGUGAUAUGUCAAUGCCAUUUACCUACAUUUAAUGGAUUUAUUUGUACAGUUUUCAUUUGCACGUGGCGUCCUAUUUAUUAUAUAGCGUACAUAUGACAAUUUUAAUGUUUUAAUUCCUUUUUAAAGCGAUUCAUAAGUCAUCGGUUUUUAAUGAAUUUGUCAAAUAGAAGUAAGGGCCUAUGAUAAUGAUUUUUUUUGCUAUAAAAAGUUUUCGACUUGAAUGAUGAACUGCCAUAAUCUCGAAUGUUGUACUGUGAGCUUUAUGUUAAGUGUUACACGCGGUAGAGUAGACUACUGGCCGCGGCGCGUCACAGCGGGCCGAGGGCGCUCUGGAACGUUUUCACGUUCCCGUACGUUCUCGUACGUUCUCGUCCCACUGCAAACGUCGUGCCGCGCGGCGGGGACACCACUUUUAUUUUAAGUCUAGAUAAGUGUCAGUGAAUUUUGUCUCCUUUUUAAAAUGAAAUCUUAGCCAAUUAUUGUCACCCCACCGUGCGGUACAUUUUGUGUUGUGUUUCCGAAAAGGAUCAUAGUGGAAAAGAGCCAUUUUGAAAGCACACCGACUCGCCCCGGGCAGUAGUGCACUGUGCAUUUAUUACA